AAAUAUUUAUUACAUUCAAUACCACACACUGUAAAAAAUCGCUCUAAAUACUCAUAACUCAAUUAUGAUGACUAUCCGACAUCAUGAGACAUGAAAUACUCAGGAUAUGGUACUGACAGUGAAUCAGACGCAUCUGAACACCAGGUGCGAUUAAGUCUCAAUCAGUGGGCGUGGUUUCAAGUCACCUGAGGACGCCUAUAAAUUGUUUCCGGUCGCUCCAACGCUUGAAUGCUGGGACUUCACGUGAGUGCUUGUGUUUAUGUGUCCAUUCUCCAGCUAUGAGUUCGGCAAAGCCAUACAUUGGCUGUAAAAUAGGCUUAAUUUCAAAGGCCCAAAAUCGUUAUGAGGGGAUUUUGUAUACAAUUGACAAAGUGAACUCCACAGUAGUGCUGGCAAAAGUCAAGUGUUUUGGAACGGAGGGACGGCCCACCGACAGACCAACGCCACCCAAAGAUGACAUCUAUGAGUACAUCACUUUCCGAGGAAGUGACAUUAAGGAUAUCACGCUGUGUGAGCUUCCGAGAUCUCACCACGGCCUACCCCCGGAUCCUGCAAUAGUGCAGUCAUCCAGUGCAGGUCCUUCAGGCGUUUACUCAGCUCGUGGACCAUUUAGCCCCCUGAGGAUGCCUGCCUACAACCAGCUUGCUGCUAGCUCUCUACUUAAUCAGCAGUAUGCUGCAGCUCUUGGCCUUGGGCCUGUACUUCCAGGACUACAUGUUAGAAGGGGCCCCAUGGUGGAAAAGGCUGUGCAAACCCUCAAUGUGCAAAGAUCUUGGCAGAGGAGAGGUUCGGCUGUAUCGCAGGAGCAGGAGCAGCGGUGGGAGAGAAGGAGGCCCCAGAGGACCAGAGGAGAGAGUGUCCAGAUGAGAAGGGGCGCUGGAGCCACCAUGAAGUCAGGCCCAAGUAUGCCCGCUUUACAGCAGGAAAUUUGGCAGCAGAAUUCUGAAAACAGGCCACCGCCCAGAAGAAGACAAGGAGCUCGGAGGCGCCGGAACCGUGGAAGGGGCCAGCUGAUGGUGGCUAGUGCUCCAUCUGCCACCCUGAAGUUUGACACAGACUUUGAUUUUGAUUCGUCAAAUGCGCAGUUUAUCAAGGAGGAGCUGGAGCUGGAGGUGCAGGACAGGACGAAUGUGAAAGAUGGAAAUCAUGAGGUGGAAGAGAGAGAAAAAGAGGAACUGCACUCGACUGCAGACAAUGAUCAUACCGGACCGAAAUUCUACUACGACAGAGCAAAGUCUUUCUUUGACAACAUCUCGUCUGAUAAGAAGUUCAGACUCACGUGGGCAGAGGAGCGAAAGCGCAAUCUGGAGACUUUUGGGGUGCCAGGACGGUUCCUGAGGGGCCAAGGCUUCAGAGGUGGAUAUACUAGACGAAGAGGGUUGGGCAACGCUCAGACCCUGUCCUCGUACAGAACCAGGAGUGGACAGCUGUAAAGGUCAGAGUUUGAUACCAAGGCACUGAAGCAACCCCAUCCUCCAGUGAUUGUUUCCUUUCUGUGUAACAGAUGGGACUGUGUUGCCCAUUAGGAUGAGCCAAAGCAGCUCUGUUGGCACCGUAUGAAGAAGCAUCUUUUCUUGUUUUUUCUCCCUCAGGCAGUUAUUCUGCUUUCAUAUUGUCAUGAUUGUGUUUUUAUUUGUCCUCCCCCCACAUUUGGCUCCAUUUUGAAUAUGGAUGCAUGGCUUACUGUAUGUGACUAGAAUGUUUUCCCCCUCAUGUUUGCCAGAUUUUCUGUUUGUUUUUCAGUGGAGAUGGAAGUGAAUGUUUAAGUUUUUUUUUAUUUUCUGUUACUUGGGAAAGUUUCACUCCUGAAAUGUAUUUGUUUCAUAUUUAAAGUAUCUGGCUUUACCUUUUGGUUGC